CGGAAAAGCUUUACUGAGGGCUUUACUGCACUGACUGACAAGUGGUUUCUCCCCAAGGUGUAUGGCCCCUUCCUACCGGAUGAUGAGCACUGUCCAAGGCAUUUACAACCAGGGGACUAAAGAGCACAGGGACACCGAGGCGGCCGCCAAGGGGCGAGACUGCAGCGACGCUUCCCCCAUGGACUCCAGUGGAUGUAACACUCAGAUUUCCAGCCUCCCCUUCAGUGUGGAAUCCCUAAUCUCAAAGCGAAAACCCUUCAGGAGCCAGGGCUCCACCUCAGAGCCCCCAGUGCCUGCCGUCACCUCCUCCACUUCAAAGGAGGAGAGCUCCACCUCCUCCUCCAGGACUUACUACCCUGGAGAAGACUUGCAGCAUUUACCCGAGAAUUCCUCUUCGCACGAACCCGAAAAUCUUAGCGACAAGGAACAGUCCACUUGGGUUCAAAACAGUUCUUCUUAUUCACCGCCUCCAAGACACCCGAGCCCGCCCCCGUGCACCCUGAGGAAACACAAAAACAACAGGAAGCCUCGAACCCCCUUCACGACGUCGCAACUUCUGUCGCUGGAGCGCAAGUUCCGCCAGAAACAGUAUCUGUCGAUCGCCGAGCGGGCCGAGUUCUCCAGCUCUCUCAACCUGACCGAGACCCAGGUGAAGAUUUGGUUUCAGAACCGGCGGGCGAAGGCGAAGAGGCUGCAGGAGGCCGAACUGGAGAAACUGAAAUUGGCCGCCAAGCCAUUGUUACCUUCCUUCGGCCUGCCGUUUCCCCUGGCAUCCCAUCUCACCUCUCCCAACCUGUAUGGACCAUCUAACGCUUUCCAACGCCCUGCUCUUCCCGUGCCGGGAUUGUUCACCGCCCCGGUCACAUACGGAAUGUAUUAUUUGUCGUAAAUUGUAGGAGAGACUAGCCCCUUUCUGUCUCCUGAGACGUUGAAGUCACAGAGGCGACUGGGCAGAACCAGAGUGGGGGGAGAAAAGGGUCAUUCAGAGAACUCUGGAAUCACUACAACCCUCCUCACAUUGACUUCGUAAUACCGAAACUGCGUGGUGAACCCAUUUAGUCAUUCCUUUACUCUGUUAAAAGUGCAAUCAAGGUUCAUCAAAUUAUACAGAAUAAUUUAUACAGAAAUCUCAGAUUCUGCCGCCUUUUAAAAGAAACAAUCUGAAUUCCAUCAGAAGUCGGUGGUAAACCCGCCACAUAAUAAAGCUGCCAUUUGAUCUAAAGUACCAUGGCUUUAGUGAUUAAUGCAGUGGACACUUGAAGCUAGCAGCCUGCAUUUAGUACUGAUGCUCGCUGUGAAUUGGAGAGAAAAAAAAGGCGUCGGAUUCCCCUACAGCAAUCACAUUGGAGGUUCGUCCUAGUCCCUGUAAUUUACCCCUGCUGCAAAUCUGCCACUGUACCAUUUUGUAAGAGACGUGGGUUCAGGCCGCGACAGAGACAGAGACAGAGAGAGACGUUUGCUUCCCAAAAGCGGGAGCGCGAUGACUUGGCACUGUUGUUUUCAAGAUCAAACAAAACGUCAAACGCUAAAGCAACCCCUUUGGAGAGGGGAGGUUGCACUGUACCGCCAGCUUUCUGUUCGAGUGAGGAGCUGAUCGUCUGUUUUCGAUCUUCCUAAUGCUAUGUAUAGAUUGGUGUAAAUACAGAAAUGUAUGGACGGGUCUGGGAUCGGCUUGAGUUUAGUUUUGCAGCCGCGACAUUUCUGAAUCAGCCCAGACCAGCUUGAAGAUUGUUUACCAAUAUUUAAAUAUAUAUUAAGUGCAUUUAAAAUACGUUUUUCUAAAAAAAACUGUUUACAUUUUCUUAAAUAGUG